AUGGAGGAAGUUGGCGAACCUUGCAGAGCGGCGGCGGCGGCGCCGCCGUCGUCAUUCGCCGCAGAGAUCCCUAGGGAUCCCAUGGAGCUGCUCUCCCGGUCGUGGAGCGUCUCCGCGUUGGAGGUUUCCAAGACCCUCGCCCCUGCAAAGGACGGCGGCGCCGCCACCGCCGGCGGCGGGGGGGGAGGAGAUGGAGCCAUUGUGGAGGAGGAGCUGGAGCUGGAGGCGGUCAUGGCCAUCGCCGCUGCCGGGAACCCCUUCUCCUUCGCCACCUCCGCCACUUCCCAGCUCGUCAUGGAGAGGAUCAUGGCUCAGUCGGUGCGCUGCUCGUUCUUCGAAUUCCCUGAAUCAUUGAUUCAUUUCUCAGCGCUCUUUGAAAGAUUAGAGAUACGCGAAGGAAUCGGUUCUUCGAUUCUAUCGAAAUGGUUGUUUGUCUCUGUUUGAUUGAUUCAAGCUUGUGGAUCUGCAGCAGGAAGUGUCGCCGCGGACCUCCGGUCGUCUCUCCCACAGCAGCGGCCCUCUCAACGGCGGCCAUAGCUGCGGAUCCCUCUCCGACAGCCCCCCCGUUUCCCCCUCCGACGCCGAUGACCUCAACAAGGUAGCUUCUCUCUCUUCUCUCUUUUUCCACAGUGAAGACGAAGAGGCUUGGAACGGGUGGAGAGGAGGAUGCUUUCUCUCUCCAAUGCCAAUGCGGAGGGGAUGAUGCUUCGUGCCCUCUGAUCGUGUGAUCUUUUUCUCUUUUUCUCCCGAAACCCUAGCCUUGUUCUUUUCAGCUUUCACCCGUUUCUCGCCGUGUCUGAGGAAACAGCCCCCCGCAUGGUAGCCGCCACCACCCCGCCACCCCUUCUUCUGUCUUUUCUGAUUCUGGGCACCGAAGCAAGGGAGAGGAGGGAGAGAAGUGUUUAGAGAGAGAGAGAGUGAGAUAACCCACCGGCGAUGAAGAGUUCUCUCUCUCUUCUAGUAGCGUUCUCUCUCUGGACUAGCUCGCCGGCAAGGAAGAUGGCGGGUCUUGGUCAAAGAUCUUCUGGAAAAGGGCAGAGAGGCAGAGAGGAUUGAGGACGGGGCGAGAAAUUCCCCUCUCCUGUCUUCUUCCUCUUGUUCUCCUGCGACGCCGCAGAGAAGGAUUCCCUCUCAUCCUCGGAAGGAGGUUAGAGAGAGUGAGAGAGAGAGAGAGAGAGAGAGAGAGAGAGAGUAAUAUAACCUCCUAUCUUCUCUCUCUCUCUUCUUUCCCUGUCUAUCUGUGCCUGUCUGCGUCGCAUGCUCUGAGCGAUGACGGAGAAGUAGGCAAAAGAAAUCCCCAGACCGUCCUCUCAGCCUGUGAUGCUCCCUCUGCACGAGGAAGCGCUGUCUCCUGCCUCUCUCUCUUAUCUCCCUCUUGUCUCUCUCUCUCUCUCUAGGAAUCGCUCACCGAAAGGUCCUCCGCUUGCUUUGUCUCCGUUGUGACUGACCGACCCGUCUUCUUCUGCUCGCCGGCGCAGUACACCAGAGCGGCGGCGGGAGGCGGCAGCGCCGCCGCAACGGGCCAGCAGUACAGGGGAGGUAGCAGGACGGUGGGGCGGUGGCUCAAGGACCGCCGGGAGAGGAAGAAGGAGGAGACGCGGGCCCACAACGCCCAGGUCCACGCCGCCGUCUCCGUCGCCGGCGUGGCGGCGGCGGUGGCCGCUAUCGCCGCCGCCACCGCCAUCUCCGCGCCGCCGCGGGGGCCCAGGACCGACAUGGCGGUGGCCUCGGCGGCGACGCUCGUAGCGGCGCAGUGCGUCGAGGCCGCCGAGGCCAUGGGAGCCGCCCGCGACCACCUCGCCUCCGUCGUCAGCUCCGCCGUCAACGUCCGUACCCCCGGCGACAUCAUCACCCUCACCGCCGCCGCCGCCACAGGUCAACCCUCCCUCCCUCCCUCUCUCUCUCUCGUUGUCACCUCUCCCUUCUCCUCCUCCUUUUCUCUCUAUCCCUCUCUCAGGAGGAUUACUCUCUCUCUCUCUCUCUCUCUACCUCUCUACCAGCCCUACGGGCGGCGGCGACGCUCAAGGCGAGGACCUUGAAGGAGGUGUGGAACAUCGCCGCCGUGACGCCGGUGGACAAGGGCCAACCUCAUUCCCACGCCGGUGAACAUCUCCGCCACCACCACCGUCGGCAGCGCCACCAGCAGCAUCAGCAGCAUCCCACCGAGAGCUGCUUCAGCGGGGAGCUGUUGGCGGAGGAGCAGAACUUCCUUGGCCUCUGCAGCCGCGAGCUCCUCGCCAGGGGGACCGAGCUCUUGAAGCGCACCCGCAAAGGUAAGAAGCCGCCGCCGACGCUGCCGCUUGUUGACUUGCUGGCAUCCCCGUUGACUCCGCCGAUCCUCCGCAGGUGCUCUGCACUGGAAGGUCGUCUCCGUCUACAUCAACAAGACGGGCCAGGUCAGCUCCUCUCUUCCUCCCUGCCCCCCUCCCGAAGAAAUCUACUGAAUAAAACGCGCUGGAUUAUCCAUCCGCACUUAGUGAGAGGGAAAAUCGUCUGUGGCAGGUGAUGCUGAAGAUGAAGAGCAAGCACGUGGCAGGGACGAUCACGAAGAAGAAGAAGAGUAAGUAUACGCAUGCCCGCCACCUGUCUUACCUAAUUCCCCAGAGCGGCCGGCGGUGCUGACUUUUGUGGCGAGCGCAUAUGCAGACGCGGUUGCGGGGGUGUGCCGGGACGUGGCGGCGUGGCCGGGACGCCACCUGUUGGACGGCGGGGAGCAGCGGCGCUACUUCGGACUGAGGACGGCGGAGCGGCGUGUCAUCGAGUUCGAGUGUCGUAGUCAACGGGAGUACGACCUCUGGACGAGCGGCGUCGAACGCCUCCUCGCCGUCGUCGCCGACAAGCCCAAGCUCCCUCCCUGA